AUGCAAAUCGAGUCUGGCUGUGUCCGCGUCACACCGGAGGCCCAUAUUGGACUGCUUGAAGGAGCUCUCGAAGUUAUUCUGCAUAGGCCUUCUCACGUUCUUUCCAUAAAUUUUCCCUUGAUAUUUACACCAUAUUUUAAUUCAUUCAUUCAUUCUCUCGCUCACUCUUUACUUUUCAUUAAAUUUCUUUCUCUCUCUCUCUCUCUCUCUCUCUCUCUCUCUCUCUCUCUCUCUCUCUCUCUCACUCUCUUGUACCUUCUCUCAUUUUUUUCAUGCUCUCAUUUUUUUUUUUCUUUGUUUUCUUUUUCUUUCUUUUGUCAACAUCAUCGUCUUUUCUUUACUUUCAUUUACGCUUAUUUUCCUACUGUCUCUCAUUUUUUUUUAAAUUCAAUCUCUUUAUACCGUGAUUCCUCAACCACUUUUAGGCAAUCACUGUUCUUUCAUUCACAUUCGUUUCUUGUGCCUUUCAUCCUUCCUAUCGCAUUCAUUUAUUGCUUCUUUUUUUUAAAUUUUUCCACCCACAUCGCAACUGCUUUCAAUCGUCCCGAAACAAAAAAUGUAUGCGCAUGCGUCGCGACGGCAAAAUUGGUUGUGCCCUGUUCAAAGAACGUCUCUCUCUCUCUCUCUCUCUCUCUCUCUCUCUCUCUCUCUCUCUCACUCUCACGCUAA